AUGGCCCAAAAGAGAAACGUGACUUUUGCCCAGGAGUUUGCUGCUGGGGCCGGAGCAGGUGUUUCUGAGAUUUUGAUCAUGUAUCCGUUGGAUGUCGUAAAGACAAGGCUACAGCUCCAGCAAUCGAAGGGUCCUCUGACAGAGUCCUAUCGAGGGGUGGUGGAUUGCUUUGCAAAGAUCAUCAGACAUGAAGGGUUCGGACGCUUGUAUCGUGGCAUUACCGUGCCAAUCCUCAUGGAAACUCCAAAAAGAGCGGUCAAAUUCUCGUCCAACGACGUCUUCACUCGGCAGUACCUGAGACUUCUUGGGGCGCAAAAGGUAGAUCAGACCGUGGCGACCCUUGCCGGCUCCAGUGCCGGCGCUGUGGAAGCGGUGGUCGUCACACCGUUCGAGCUCGUCAAGGUCCGAUUGCAAGAUCCUUCAGUGGCAAGCCGGUAUCAGUCCGUGAGCCAGUGCGUAACUCAGAUCAUCAACCGCGAGGGCCUGUUCGUGCUCUAUCAAGGCUUUGAGGUCACAUUGUGGCGUCAUGUGGUCUGGAACGCUGGGUAUUUUGGCAGUAUCUUCAAAGUCAAGGCGGCGCUCCCGACGCCGACAAACGACUUCGAGCAGACGCUGACGAGUUUUGUCGCCGGUUCCAUCGGUGGGAGUCUGGGGACUGUCCUAAACACACCGCUGGACGUGGUCAAGACGCGAAUCCAAGCGGCAACGAGAGCAAAAGGUGCGGCAACUACGUCCAAGUACAACUGGGCCUUUCCGGCUUUGGUCACGGUGGCGCGAGAGGAAGGCAUCCGGGGUCUGUACAAAGGCCUCACUGCAAAACUUCUCCGAUUCUGCCCCGGAGGUGGAAUCUUGCUGGUCGCUCACAGCCAAAUUCUGAAGUUGUUUGAGGCAGCUAAUAGUGGAAAGCCCCUGGAGCAGGAUUUGUAG